AUGGCUGCAGCCCGUGGAAGGGAGUUCCUCCUCACCCUCCUCAGUGAACUCUCCUUACUCGUCUUACAAGAGUUCGGUUGCCAAAUCCGCCUAUUCAUUUAUGGUGGUGUAGUGACCCUAUGCUGGCCCAUGGGCUACAACACCUACAAACCACAGCAAGCGCAGGAACUACGAAACCGUAUCCAUGACGCAUCUUCACCCGCCCUCACAUCUUCACCCGCCCUCGCAUUCUCACCCAACCUCACAUUCUCACCCGCCCUCACAUUCUCACCCGGCCUCCCAAUCUCACCUGGCCUCCCAAUCUCACCCGGCCUCGCAUAUUCCCCGGCCUCGCAUUUGAAUACAUACGGUGAAUCAGGUCCUCCAUAUCCAACUCUUCUUCGAUCUCUCCUUUGGCACACUCCAGCGCUCCUCCCUCACCGAGCCUCCAAGUGCUUCGACACCCUCUGCGCCUCCGGGCGUUUCAUGCUGCCCUACGCCUUCGCCUUCGCCAAUUCUAGCACCAGAUGCUGCCCUAUGCCUUCGCCUUCGCCAAUUCUAGCACCAGACAGUACCACUCAACCUGUCGCCUCAAGCGAUGCAUUGGCAUGGACACUCCGCAUUGCAGAUAUCACUGAAACCUAUUUGAAGGGAAUCAUGAAAGAUCCAAGGCAUGGGGCGGUGAAAUACUUGACCAGUCUGUUUCCAAUCUUUGGAUGGAUCACCCGAUACAAUUUGGGAUGGCUCACUGGCGACCUUAUUGCUGGUCUUACCGUAGGAAUGGUGCUAGUCCCACAGGGCAUGUCAUAUGCAAUACUUGCAUCGCUUCCUGCACAGUAUGGUCUGUAUUCCUCCUUCGUUGGCGUCCUUGUAUAUUGCUUCUUUGCGACUUCGAAAGAUGUUUCUAUCGGACCAGUGGCAGUUAUGUCGCAAACCGUGGCUCAAAUCAUCAUUGCUGUAGACGCACAGUACCCUGGUAAAUGGGCUAGCCCACUGAUAGCCACCACGUUGGCCUUUGUUUGUGGAUUUAUCGUACUCAGGAUUGGCCUCUUGCGCAUCGGUUGGAUUGUCGAGUUCAUACCCGUACCAGCAGUCAGCGGGUAUAUGACUGGAUCUGCGAUAAAUAUAGUUGCAGGUCAGGUUCCCGCCCUCUUGGGCAUUACCGGGUUCAGGCAAGGGUGGACUUCCCGGUAUGAAAGUGUGCCUGUCAUCGAUAGCGAGCUCGUCAAAGCUCUCGGGCCACAGAUCCCUGUCGCCACCAUAAUUCUCCUUCUUGAGCACAUCGCCAUUGCCAGAUCAUUUGGACGGGUCAAUGGAUACAAGAUCAAUCCCAACCAGGAGCUCAUCGCCAUAGGCGUGACGAACACGCUCGGCACUAUAUUCCAUGAGUAUCCCGCUACAGGAUCGUUCUCCCGUUCUGCCUUGAAGUUGAAGUCGGGCGUGCGGACUCCUCUGGCUGGUAUCUUCACUGCGAUGGUUGUCAUCGUUGCUCUCUAUGGCCUUACCCCAGCCUUUUACUGGAUCCCUAGCGCUGGUCUUUCGGCCGUCAUCAUCCACGCGGUCGCUGAUCUUGUCGCGUCACCUUCCCAAGCAUUCUCUUACUGGCGCGUAUCCCCCCUCGAGUUUCUUAUUUGGUUGGCUGCAGUCCUGGUCACCGUCUUUUCAUCUAUUGAGAACGGCAUCUACAUCUCCAUCUCGGCAUCGUUUGCCUUACUUCUGGUUCGCGUCGCACACCCUAGGGGAUAUUUCCUUGGGAAGGUUACCCUGACAUGCAACUCAACUGAAUCACGAGAAGUCUUUGUUCCGUUGCGCAAGGAUGGCGUAACCAACCAAUAUGUCAAGGUAUAA